GGUAAACGCUCGUCGACACAGGAUGCUCGGGGCUCGUUUCCGCCAGGCCGUCCAGGCAGUAGCCUCAGCCUCAACCUCUUCACGACCACUGCACACCUCGAGCGUGCUGCACGCAAAACGAGCCGCCACCGUCAUCCGCAAAGAGAACAUCCUCAAACAAGCCAAACGCGCAAAGGAAGAGCUCUCCGACCGACCCAGUGUAGUCCUCGGCACCAGACCCUCCGAAGAGGCUACCAAAUGGCCAAACUGCCUCCUCGCAAAAGUCAUAGUCGACGAAGAAGCCUUGUUCCGCGGUGAUAUCCCUCCUCCCCCACCAGUAAACCCUUCGACGCUCAACCUCAACGAGGCACCUGAGAUACCAAAAAACCUCGCGUUUGGUGUCGGUGAAGAGGAGAAGGAAAUCCUGUUCAAUACGCUUCCGUCGUUGAGCGUGGAUGCGACGCUGGCACCGGGGACUGGACGGCUCGGGACGGGUACUCACCUUGUGAGCGAACAGAGACGCGAGGAAGCGAGGAAGAGGGAAUUGCUGAAGGUCCAGCACCUGUCUAGAGUCGUGGACCUCCGGAAUACGAACGCGGCGGGUUUGGCAUUCGAGAACCGAAGGCGUAUCAUCCUCGCGUUCUCUACCCCGGAAAACCCAUUUGACCCUGGUCGAGCCGAGGUUCAAGCCGCACUCAAAACCUAUCAAAUCCGCAAACUCUGGAAACACCUCACGACUUUCCGCCGAGACGUAGGCAACCGACUCGGUUUGCGCAAACUCGUCCAUGAACGCGCCAAAAUCUUGCGUUACCUUCGUAACAAGAACCGGGAUCGUUAUGAGACUUUGCUGGAACAGUUGGCUUUGGAACCUGAGGCUGUCGAGGGCGAAUUGGUCGUGUAAAACCAUUUGUUUUCGUCAGUUUCUUCCAGUGCCCUACCACCAUGGUUGGAUAUACUACACUUAGAUAUUC